AUGGCUUCUGCUUUAGUCUCCGCAAACGCCGCUUUCCCAUCUAACGUGUCGCAGUUAUCGGACGGAUUCAAGUCUACCCUCGACAAUUAUCUGCAGUACCAGAAGGGCAUGGCGUUGUUGAACAACAGGUACCAAUUUCUUGAAAAUCUACAAACGGGGUCCUUUGGCAAGGUCACGUGUGCCUUGGACAUGAAUUCGAAUGCUAAGGUUGCCAUUAAGGCGUUAAAGAGAUCUGUCAAUGGAGUCACAACAAUGUUCAACCACGAGAUUGCAAUUAUGAAGGCCAUUGGUUAUCAUCCGAAUGUCACCCAGCUGAUUGAUCACUUUGAUACGAAGAAGUAUCACGUUAUGGUUUUAGAGUUUGCAGACUGUGGUGAUUUGUAUGAUGCAAUUCAUAAUAAGACGCAUUUGGGAUUGAAUCUACAAAACAACCAUUAUGCCUUUGUUGACUUUCUUAAGCAGUUGCUCGAGACGAUCCAAUUUGUACAUUCAAGAGGCAUCUAUCAUAGAGAUAUCAAGCCAGAGAACAUUUUGUUAAUGAACGAUGGUACCAUCAAGCUAUGUGAUUGGGGCCUUUCAACUAGAUCCUUGAAAAGUACCGAUUAUAAUGUCGGAACAGAAAAGUAUAUGGCACCUGAAGCUCUAGUUAAACAUGGGGAUGCCGACUACUAUUUAUCCGAUAAGGUUGAUUUCUACUCAAUUGGUGUCACCCUGUUGUUUACUCUUUUCAACAAGUGUCCAUUUAGAAAAGCAUUGGAUUCCGAUCCUAACUAUUCGAAUUUCUUGAAGUCAAAGUAUUUUAUUUAUGAUUUUUUCCAUAACAUCAAUUUGACUUCAUUUACUGGGAUUGUUGACAUGUUAAUGAUUGAAAGAAAUAUUGAAGGAUUGAAUUAUUUAAUUGAAAAUGGUUUAAAAAAUGGAUUCACUGUUGAUCAAGAACACUCAAUUCAUUUCUCAAAUCAACAGGACAAUUAUUUGAAUUCGAUUAUGGAUUCAUUUAAUGAUGAGAAAAUCGAUGUUAAUUCAAAUGAUAAUGAUGUCUUUUUGUUUGAUGAUUACGAAAUUGGUACCUUGAACAACACUGAGUCAUUUAUUACCAAUAAAAAUCAUACUACUGCUAAUGCCGCUCUCAUCACCCACAACAGCAGCAACAACAACAACAGCAAUAGUAACCAUAACAGUAAGUUCAAUAACGAUUGUAAUGACUUCCAUCAGGGUUCUCAUUCUAUGAUCGCUAAUGAUUCUUACACAAACUUGAAUCCAAUUUCAAUUCCGAUCAUUUCAAAAAACAACAAUUCGUUGGUGUCUUCAGUCGCCACAAACACUUACAACUCUUCGUUGUUUGAUUCCAACUCUCACAUGGUUGACCAUAAUUCAUUUAUCAAUUCUUUUGAAUUAAGUUCAAAUGAAUUGUGGGCAGAUCAAUUGAACGAUAUUCGUUUUAAAUUCCAUUGA